AUGGAGGCCGACUUGUCCCGCCCGCCUCCCGCUCCCUCAUCCUCCAGAUCUCGACCCCCACAACCCUCUCGCCGACCAACCUCCGCCCAAACCUACACCGUCACGCAGCUCGAACAGAGUCGGGGGAAGGGAUGGGACAAGUGGAAGGAGUGGGACGAGCUCGCGACGGAUUUGGGGUGCGAUUGGGUUGUUGAAGGCGAUAUGGAGGCGUUUGGAAAGGCUCUAUCAGAACCUCCGGCAGACGACCAGCCUGAGCGUAUCAUCGCAGCGUCCGACUGGGCGCCCGUCAAGGAGCAGAAACGACGAAGAGGACCGAAGAAGCGGAAAGACGUUGUGCGAGAAGGCUGGGCCUACCACAUCUCUCGCUGGCCACUCCUCAUGCUCAUCUUCACGAUCAUCUUCCUCGAGUUUGUCGGCUACCUCUUCGUCCGGCAAUGCGUCAACGUGAUCGAGUUCUUCGCGGGAUGGCGAGGCGAGCGAGGACGCCUCCGACUAGCGUUGCGGAACGCUAAGACGUACGAAGAGUGGAAGCAACGCGCCCUCGCCCUCGACUCCUUCCUCGGCCUGUCGCACUGGAAGUCCUCCCCUCCGAACGCCUAUUACGACUCCGCCCUGAUCCGCCGUGUCCUGCGCUCCCUGCGCGACCUCCGCACUCGCGACGAUGCCGAAGGGGUCUGCGCUGUCCUGCACACGUGCGUGAGGAACAACUUUGCGGGAGUCGAGAGCUUCAGGUUGUAUAGCGAGAGCUAUUACGGGACGAAAGAGCUCGUUCAAGAGUUUAUCGACGAGGUGACCCGUUCGCUCGAAUACAUCCGCCAAGUGCCGCCUUCGCUCUUGCCAGUCGAGGAGAAGGCAGACUUCUUCCGCUCGGUUGCGAAGAACCUGGGCGCGUCGGCUCUGUGUCUGUCGGGAGGUGCCUCUUUCGGCUACUACCACUUCGGCGUCAUCCGCGCCCUGCUCGAUCAAAAUCUGCUACCGCGGGUCAUCACCGGUACUUCCGCCGGCGCAAUCAUCGCCGCCUUCUGCUGCACCCGCACCGACGCCGAACUCCGCCAACUCAUCACUCCAACUCUCGCAGACCGCAUCACAGCUUGCGAAGAGCCCUUCCGAGUUUGGGCGAAGCGGGCGUGGAAGACGGGCGCGAGGUUCGAUACGGUCCAGUGGGCGAGGAAGGCGAGCUUCUUCACGAUGGGAAACAUGACGUUCAAGGAGGCGUUUGAGCGGACGGGCAGGAUCUUGAACGUCAGCGUCAUCCCCGCCGACACUCACUCGCCGACCAAGCUCCUCAACUACCUCACCGCGCCCGACUGCGUCAUCUACUCCGCCGUCAUCGCCAGCGCCGCCGUCCCAGGCAUCAUCAACCCGGUCGUCUUGAUGACGAAGGGCAAGGACGGCAAGCUCCGCCCGCACGAUUUUUCGCAGCUGCACAAGGACGGCUCGUUGCGGGUCGAUAUUCCUCUACAGGACCUCCACCUCCUGUACAACGUCAACUUCAGCGUCGUCUCGCAAGUGAAUCCGCACAUCCACCUCUUCAACUUUGCUUCACGCGGCUCACCAGGCCGACCGGUUUCGCAUCGACGGGGACGAGGAUGGAGGGGCGGGUGGUUCCUCAGCGCGGCCGAGCACUACCUCAAGAUUGAGAUGCUCAAGUGGUUCAGGGUCAUCCGCGACCUUGAGCUUCUCCCCGAACUCGGCAACCAGAACUGGAGCAACGUCUUCCUGCAAAAGUUCGAGGGCAGCGUGACCAUCUGGCCGAAGAGCAGGAUCGCCGACUGGCCUCGCAUCCUGACGGACCCGGACAGGAACGAGCUGGCGAGGAUGAUCCGCGUUGGACAGCAAGUCACUUGGCCUAAAAUCAAGAUGAUCGAGAACCGCCUGAAAAUCGAACGCCAGAUCGACCUUGGCCGCUCUGAAGUCCGCCGCGCGUUCAACGACUCCGACGCGACCUCCCACUCUCUCGCUCCGCCCACACUCAGCCGCCAAGCCUCUUCGGGCGAGAUCAUGACUUCAGCACGUCCUCGAGCGACGAACGAUCGCUCGAGCCCCGAGGAGAACGGUCGGGGCAGCCGUCGCAACUUCCGCGCCGUCGACAUGGAAGCGUCGUCAUCGUCCGGCGGCGAUCCCGUCUCAACCUCGAACGGCGGCGAAGAGACGCCUGCGAAGCGUCGACAGGCAAUCCUCGCUCGACUCGGUCUCAAGGGCGCGGCUGGGAAGGGUUCGCGGGAUCUCUAUGGCGGGACGGUCGAGAGCGGAGGCGAGGAGAAGUACACGGACGGCGAGAGCGACUGGACAAGCGGAGGAGAGGGGACGUCGUAUGCCGGUGUUGAGCGAGGGUCGUCUUCGGGCAAGAUGCGGAAGAGGCGAGCGAGUAUGAGCAGCUUUGGCAGGCGGCCGAGGCGGGAUACUCUCUCGAGCGACGAGGAUCCCUGGCACUAG